UACAGCGGGGGGCGGUUCGCGUUUCAAAUGCCGGCGGGCGAGCACAGUGCGCGCCCGGGCUUGGCGCGCUGGUUGUGUCGCCGCAUCUCCCUGGGGCGGGCGUUGCAUGCUUUGAAGAUUUGCGAGCCCGGGCCCAGAAUUGGGUCGCCAAAGCCGGGCUAAGAGUUUGGGGCGCUAUUGGCUGGUGGGAUGGUUGUCCGAUGGAUUUAUCGGGCGCCCUUGCAGCUCGCCCGGUCGCCUCCGUGUGGUAACCCGCCGCCCGGCGCGCUUCCUACCUUGUCGUCGGUCGCCCUACCUUGCCCUUUCUUGCGCCGCUGC